AUGCUAGUGGAGGCAGACAAUGCUCUGGUCCGAGGCCUGACCAGCCCUCAGAGGGACAGGGAUUGCCUCACUGUGACAACAGCCCCCCUCUCCCUCCCUUCUUUUUCUUUUUUUGUUCGCCCCAGUAGGGGCUGCCACAGCAUGGGCUCGGGGAGGACGCUGAAGUUCGCCCUGUGCGAGGUGCUGCAGUUUGCAGGCCUGAGCGUGCCACUCUUCAUCGUCAUGCAGAGGUUCGCCAUCAUCGUGGCAAAGGUAAAGAGCUCGGCGCAGCCCCCCGGCGACGGCAGCACGGCCUACUGGUUGAUUGUGGCCUCCUCCAUUGCCUAUGUCACUUCCACAGCCCUGCUGGUCUGGGUGCCCAUGAAGUAUAUGGUCUUCAUGAAAAAGAAAUUCCUCAUCAGGAGGAAGAAGUGGAGGCCUGUGGCCCUGGUAUAUGUGAUCCUCUCCACAUUGCCCUGCUUUGCCUUUCUCAUCGCCAGCUCAGAGGUUCAGAUAAACAACAACAUGAAACACGAUACAUUCACAGAGCUCCCUGUGUCACUAGUCCUGUUCUCUCUCAUCUGUAUUGACAUUGUGGAAAGGAUACGCCACUGCAGACUGACCGGACAGGCUAAUGAAACAGAGAGAGACGCCGAUAUCCCCUCCACUGUCCUCACACAUGUGGAACAGGUAACAUCAGUAACACCUGUAACACCAGCCGCACCAGGGCCAGCUGCGCCCGGCCAAGCUGCGGCCACUCCUGCACCGGCAGCAGCAGCAGCAGCAGCAGCAGCAGCAGCAGCAGCAGGUCAGCAGGUCAAUGAGAGGGACCAGAACGGAGCAGGGGCCCGACCGGAGACCAACGGGACAGUCCCGGGGAUACCUGGCAAUUCUGGGAGACCAUUCAGUAUCUCUGGAUUGAGCUCACGUUCAGCAAGCACUACAGCGUACCGCAUUUCUCCGUACGCCUACACGGGCCCACUGCGCCUCCUGUGCGCCAGCGAUGCCCGAGCGGACGUGUUUGUGGACAGCUUUAUGUUCUGGAUGGAUACAGUGGAGAUGGUAAGGGUGGCAGGACAUCCCUCAGUCUACUUCUCAGGCUGGGUGUUCCCCAUCUAUAUCUUCAGCUACAUGUCCUGCCUGCGUCUGGUGGUCAUGCCCCACAGCCCCCUGCUCUCCUCACUGGGAGUGGUCCUACAGGAUCUGCCCUUCCUCUUUGUGCGUAUCGGCCUCAUCGCCUUCUUUGGCUUCGUCACGCCCCUCCUUUAUCUGAUGAAGAACCUGUUGGUCUGCCUGGCCUUUGUCUAUUUCAACUUCAUGACCAAGCUGAGGGUCUUCAACACAGAGAGGAUGUUCUUUUGAGACCUAACCUUCAUAGACAGACAGAGCAACUUUAAAAGAUGUGGGGAGCAAAGGGUAGGCGCAAUCAGGAAUUCUAGUAGGAUAUUAGGAUUAAGAUGAGCAAAAAUAGGAAUGGAUUUGUGUACGUGGCACAGAAGAGGUAUUCCUUUACUACGGGAGAAAGCAGACUGCAUGGUGGUGCUUUUCACAGGCCAAAAGGGAGCUGUUAGGCAAUGUUUUCCCAUUACGGACACAAAAUGUCAAUGGACUAUGUGUUGUGAAAGUGUUUUAUUUUUACCUUCUUGUUCAAAGUUAUUUUUUUACCCCCCGAGUCCCCUCACCCCUGACCUAA